AUGUUUUAUGUUGAUUUGAUCAAAGAGAAAUUAAAUUUGGUGAACAACAAACUUGAUGACACCAUAAGAAGGAAUCGUGAAAAAAUGGCAUUUGCUAUCUACACUAAUAAACUGCAAAGAUUUGAUCAGAGAAUUGAAAAAAGAUCAUCACUUUAUGACCAGUUGAUGGCUUUGAAACAAGUUUAUGGGAAAAUUUGGGACAUUUCUAAUCUCAUCAACGAUUGUUUCGGAUGGAGCUUAUUGGCCAUUGUUACACAAUAUUUCAUUGAAUUCACUUCAAAUGGAUAUUGGUUGUUUUUAGCCUUAGAAAAUCUUUUAGACCGAUCAAUUGCUAUUCAAAGUUUAUGUUCAAUAUUUCCUAUUGUCAUUAUAUUAACAACCAUGGCAUAUUCUUGUCAUCGAUGUUCAGAAAAUUCACAGCAAACAGGAGUUUUAAUACACAAAAUUGAACGAGAUAUUAACAACGAUCUUCAAAACGCUUUGAUUCGUGAAUUUUCACUUCAAAUCAUUCACGAGCCAAUUGAAAUCUCUGCAAAUGGUUUCUUCAACAUCAAUUUCACAUUAUUGGGAUCAAUGUCAGCAGCAACAGUUACAUAUCUGGUCAUUCUGAUUCAGUUCCAAUUAAGUGAAAUUAAGAAAAGCGGUAACGUUGAAAAUUAA